AUGUCAAAUAAGCUAGCUAUGGAUAAUCCCCACGAGCAAGUACAGGUUGCUCUUCUCUCGCGGAUCAUUAAUAAUAUGAAAACACUCAACGACUCUGUACACGACAUGAAUUUGUGUUUGAAUGAGAUCAGCAACAAGAACAAGGAUACGGAGGUGUUAUCGCAGAUGUGGGCAAACUAUGCACAGAGCGCAGAUUAUAAUUUGGAUGCCACGGGUCAGAAGAGAGAGCCACUUUGA